AUGGACCCUCUAUCUUCUUCCUCUCUCUUUCUAUCUCUUUCUCUCUCCUCCAACUUUAGAGAUCAAAGUCUCUCCCUAACUCGUCUGGGGAUCGUCCAUCUCUCUUUCUAUCUCUUCCUCUCCCUUCUCCUUCCAUUUUGUCCAUCAGGACACAGUUCUUUAUCUCUCUCCUCCUCUAUCUCCUACCCUCCCGUUUUCUUUGAAUCUUUCGACCAUUGGUGGUCUCUCUCUUUUUCUAUAUCUGAAGAUUCUCCUCCUUCUUCCAAAUCCAUGACUUUGGCAUUUUUUUCUUCGGGUCAUUUACUCUCUCUCUCCUCUCUCUAUUUUCUCCCUCUCUUUCAAUUGUUUUUCCAUUCCCCCCUCUAUCUUCUUCCUUUCUCUUUCUAUCUCUGUCUCUCUCCUCCCUCUAUCUUCACAUUUCCUUUCUGUCUCUUUCUCUCUCAUACCUUUCAUACCGCUAUCUUCCUCUCUUUCUAUCUGUUUCUCUAUCUCUGUCCUCCUUCUAUCUUCCCCCUCUUUAUCUAUCUCUUUCCUCCCUUUAUCUUCCCCAUCUCUCUUUCUAUCUCUUUCUCUCUCUCCUCAUUCUAUGUUUUCCCUUUCUUUUCUAUCUCUUUCUCACUCUUCUAUCCAUUUCCUUCCUCUCUUUCUAUCUCUUUCUAUCCCUCCUCCGUCUAUCGUCUCUCUUUUUCUUUCUAUCUCUUUCUCUCUCCUCCUUCAAUCUUCUCUAUCUCUCUUUCCAUUUCUUUCUUUCCUUUCAUGGUGACGUUCUUUUAUAUCUUUUUCUCUCUACCUCCUAUUUACAAGCUUCUCUCUCUUUUCAUUCAUUCUCUCUCUCUCUGGAAUAAUCUCUCUCUCUCUCUCUCUGUGUUGUUUUUUAUGUAG